GCUUAAAUUAGGCUAUUUGAUUAUGUUAGAGUUUAGUGUUAUGUUUUACAAGCUAUUUGGUUAUCUCCUUUGUCAAUUUUUACUCUUGAGGGAUGUCAGCCUGGACAUUGCAGAAGACCGGAGCACACUGCAGGACCGAGCCUACCCUGUGGAGCCGUUGAGCUGCCGGGUGGGAUAUCGAGGUUUAUCAUGCGAAGACUGUGACAUAGGCUACACUUCAGGCGGCGGGCUCUACCUGGGGCUUUGUGAGCCAUGCAGGUGUAAUAGGCACUCCAGUAAAUGCCACCCAGAGACAGGCGUGUGCUGGAACUGCCAACACAACACCGCGGGUGACAACUGUGAGAAGUGCGCUAUUGGUUACUAUGGUGACGCUACCCGGGGAUCACGCAUUGAUUGUCAGCAGUGUCCUUGUCCUCUCACAGAGUCGCCCAACCAGUUCAGUCCCACAUGUGAGCUGAUCAGGGACACUGCUUACAGGGAAGUUGUGAAGUGUAUAGCCUGUCCUACUGGCCACACAGGACUGAGAUGUGAAUCAUGCCUGCCAGGAUACACCGGCAACCCAAUGAAGGUUGGAGACUACUGUAAGCUUGGACCUGAUGUUAAUUGUGACUGUGACACUCGCGGUAUUGUGCCCAACACACAAUGUGACGAAAACACCAUGCAAUGCCAUUGUAAGCCGUACGUACAGGGCCGUCGCUGUGCACGGUGCAGGGAGGAUCAUUUCUACCUGGAUGCCAACAACCCCCAGGGCUGUCUGACUUGCUUCUGUUCCGGCAUCACCAACCAGUGUACAAGCUCUAGCUACUACAGGGACAGCUUGCGGCCAAUAAUUGGUAUAAAUGGCAGCCACAACUUUGUCCUGGUGAACAGGCGCAUGAACAACCUUAUCAGUGAUGGCUUCAUUGUGAAUUCUUCAAGGAAUUCAGUCACGUACAACAGGUUUGAGGAUGUACAACAGGAGCAUGAGAGCCUAUUUUUCCAGCUUCCCGCCAUGUUCCGUGGAGAUAGGGUCACCUCGUAUGGUGGAUAUUUGCGAUUUACUCUGGAAUUCUCUGUGAAGCCUGAAGGUCGCAUGUACAGAGAUGUGGACCUGGAAAUCAUUGGCCAAUCAGCAAGAAUGUACCAUUUGUUUGAGCCUGGACUCGAGGUUGACCGUACACAGACCUACGAGAUUCUACUUAGAGAGACCUCGUUCAGUGAUCUUAGGUGGAGCACCAAUCCCACUCGUGUGACUUUCAUGAAGAUUCUCUCCGAUGUGGAGGGGAUUCUUAUCAGGGCUACAUACCACCAAAACAUGGCAUCGGUUACACUUCGUGAUGUCAGCAUGGACACUGCCAUACCCACGCCUACUGGCCUUGGAGGGGCCCCAAUGGUUGAGGACUGUCGUUGCCCCGAGGGUUACACAGGCCUGUCAUGUGAGCGCUGUGCUGACAGCUACCUCCGUGUGUCCGACGGGAGGGACGGGCUUGGGCGAUGUGUACGGUGUAACUGCAACAAACAUGCCACCUCUUGUGAUCCUGAGUCUGGACGGUGCUUGGAUUGCCAACACAACACUGAGGGAGAUCACUGUGAACGAUGUAUGACUGGUUUCUAUGGUGACACUACGUCCGGAACACCCAAUGACUGUCGACUAUGCCCCUGUCCCCUCACUAGACCCAACCAGUUUUCUUCCACAUGCUUCUUAGCUGACGACAAUCAAGUGACAUGUGACAGAUGUCCGACAGGCUACAUCGGCAGGCAGUGUGGACAAUGUGCAGAGGGUUAUGUAGGCAACCCAAGUGAGUCUGGGGGUUCAUGCAGGCGCCAGGAGGAGGAUCGCCGACCCAAUGUGGUUGUCUCCCCUGUCCGGGUGGAGGAGCCAGAAACAUCGUCUGUUGUGUUCCAGUGUCAAGUUAGUGGAGAAGGCCCCUUCAAUGUUGUGUGGAGUCGUCUUAACCGACGUCCACUAUCAGAUCGCGCAAACACGAGUCUCCGCUACUCACUGACCAUCCGUGACCUUGUACGAGAUGACACAGGCAGAUAUGUAUGUACGGCUACAAACCGGUUUGGAGUUACACGUAGAGAGGUGGAAUUGGUGGUUGUGGGAGGUCGUCGCCCCCUACAGGUCCGCAUUGACCAGACAAGAAUUGAGGUAGAAGAGGGACGUUCUGCGAGACUCGUGUGCUCUGUUGUCAUUAGCUCGGCUGGAGAGAUGUACAUCCUCUCCUGGAGCAAGCAGGGCGGCCAGAUGCCGGCAAAGGCUAUAGUCCAGAAUGGCGUACUUGUGAUCCCAAAUAUCCAGCGUAGUGACGCAGGCAACUAUAUGUGUAAUGGCUCUGACAUGUUCCACGUGGAUGAAGCUGUUGCCGUAAUUAUUGUCAAGGAAGAUUCAGCUCAGUCUCCAACUGUGCGUAUAAAACCUCGCUACCUGUAUGUUGAUGAAGGAAAUACCGUCACGUUCCAGUGUAUUGCCAGCGGAAGUCCACCACCCAGGAUCGAGUGGUACCGGGGAGGUAACCGUGAGUUGAGCCCAAAGGCUACAGUGACUAGUGAUGGUACCCUGCGUAUCCCACGGGCCCAGCUUUCAGACGAGAGUGACUACUACUGUAAAGCCACCAAUGAACGUGGCUCGUCUGAACUCCGAACAAUUCUCUAUGUCAGACCUAUUUCAAAACCAGAAAUCACCAUCAUUGUUCGUCAGACCAAGUAUGUAGUAGUUGCCGGAGACACAGCAAGACUUGAAUGUUAUGCUGAGGAUGGAAGUGAUCGAAUCACACUAUUCUGGUCACGAUCCACCGGCCUUCCUGUGGGUGCCACUCAGAAUAACGGUAUUCUGACCAUACCGGAUGUGCAGCCUAGCUACGCCGGCAAGUACGUGUGUACUGGCACAGACUCUGAGACGGGAAUAUACAGCACUGCAGAAGCUUUCUUGGAAGUUGACGUCAGUCCUUCAGUUAUUGCACCCACUGUAAAAGUGGAACCGGAGAAAGUCACAAUCCCCAUGGGAACCACCGGUACCCUGACAUGUAAGGCUACUGGUAAUCCACAGCCAACUAUCACCUGGCUCAAGUCAAGAGAGGAUCUGUCGUUAAACCAUGUGGUGACAGGCAAUACUCUGCGAAUCACCCAGGCAACAAUGGCAGACAUAGGUAUUUACGUAUGCCGGGCCUCAAACCAGGCGGGAACCGAUCAAGACUGGACCAUUGUGGAGGUCGAACGUCGUAUGAAGAUUGAACUCUACCCUAACUCCACCCAGAGAAUCUCAGUAGGAAGCAGUGCCCUGUUCCAGUGUAGAGUGAUGGAUGGAGACCCGCCCCCGCAGGUCACAUGGACCAGAGUUGGAAAUCUACGGAUGUCUGAGCGUGUUGAGGUGAUGGAUAAUGGAGUGAUCAUGUUCAAGCAGGCACAACAGGAAGACCAGGGUGGAUACAUCUGCUCCGCCCAGAACGAGAUGGGGGUCAUCACUGCCACAGCAACGCUAUAUGUGGAAGGUCCGCCAACAAUCAACAUCCAGCCCAGCAAGACUAUCUACGCCAUCAUUGGUCAGCGUGUGCGGUUGGAGUGUAGCGCAGAUGGUGAUCCCAUACCUUCAGUGUACUGGAUUGAACCGUCACGGUCUGCCCGCGGAGAUACGGUGGAUGAAUCUUACGAUUUCUCAGUGGCAGCUACCCCUGGAUCAGCUGUAGUGGACAUUGGUAGCUUCCAGAGGUCAGAUGCCGGGACUUAUGUUUGUGUGGCCAAGAACUCUGGUGGUCAAACUCAGGACAGGGUCCAGAUCAGUGUUGACGAGGGUAGUCGGCCAAGAGGGUUGACUAUUUCUGGUCCCAGCACACUGUCCGUUAGGGAGGGGCAGGUGGUUGAACUUAUCUGCUCAGCCAGUGACAUCAACAACCCUAUCAUACGUUGGCGACGUCGCGAGGGCGUGUUACCUCCUGGUCACCGUGUGAGUGCAGGAGUUCUCACGUUACCGCGAUUCCGAUCUGAGUAUGCCGGGGAGUACAUCUGUUCAACAGUUGUACAGACGCAGUCUUAUGAAGCAUCUGUCAUCAUCAUUGUCACUGUUGCUCCGAGACUGACCAUUUCACCGCAGCGUAUCACAUCUCGUGCCGGAGACACUGUCCAACUCCGCUGUUCCGCAUCAGGCAGCGGACCAUUCAAUAUUGAGUGGUCACGAGUAGACGCACAGAUGAAUCCAAGUGCUCGGGAGAAUGACGGCAUUCUUGAAAUACGUCAAGUGACCCCAGCAGACGCAGGACGGUACCGUUGUGUGGUACAGAGUGGUUCAGGAACAACUGAAGGAUACGCCAUUGUGGAUGUGGCAGCGCCACCCUCCAUCACUGUUACCCAGCCAGAUGUUUACACAGAGACCAACAAAAUUGCCCAAUUACGCUGUGACACAAGCGGUUCACCAACACCAAUGGUACGCUGGGAAAGAGAGGGCGGAGAGUUACCCCCACAACAUCGCGUACAGGAUGGCCUUCUCACGAUCUACAAUGUACAGGAACAAGACGCAGGCAGAUAUAUCUGCACUGCCACCAGCACGGCAGGCAGUGCCCGAGACUAUGCUGUACUUCAUAUCUCAUCGGGCAGGGUAAUAGAUGGAGAUAAUGGAGGUGACCGUUCGAACGUCCAAACUGUUAAUAUUGGCGACAGGGUGUCUCUGGAAUGCAUUGUAACUGGGACUCCACUGCCAACCAUCACUUGGUCCCGAUUGGAUGGACGACUUCCCGCCGAUUCCAUCCUUGGCGAUGGAAUUCUCAUCAUCCCAUCUGCAAAGAUGGAUGAUGCCGGAACAUAUCGUUGUGAGGCGGUUAACGAGGCUGGUUCUGUGUCCCAGAAUGUUGUUCUCUAUGUCCGAGCUGAGCCCCGUGUGACGGCGCCAACUAACAUGCGUGCAGCCCUUGGUGAGAGUGUGUCACUUGUGUGUGACGCACAGGGCUUCCCUGCCCCCGCCAUCACGUGGUACAGGAAGGAUGGAGAAAUGCCAGAUGAUUACCAGAUAGUGGAUGGUGACCUGAAAAUCAGCCGGGUACGCCCUGAAGAUGCUGGCAUGUACUACUGCCAUGCUCAGAAUGAACAUGGCGACUCCGACUCACCUGUGAAUCUCAACGUCGGUGCCCUUGUUCCAAGAUUUACCCAGGAUCCUAAAUCAUACAUUGCCUACCCGCCGCUCAAUGACGUCUACCUCGACUUCGAUAUCCUUCUUUCACUGAAGCCCGAGUCUACUGAAGGUAUGGUGCUGUACAAUGGACAGUUUGAGGAUGGAGGCGGAGACUUUGUAUGUUUCGGUUUGAAUGAGGGUUAUCCAGAGUUCAAGUUUGAUGUCGGCUCGGGUCCUGCAGUUAUUCGGGGAAAUAAUACUCUUGGCUUGAAUGAGUGGCAUACCAUCAAACUGACCAGAAACAGGAAGAAGGGCUCGAUGGUGGUGGAUGAAGAGCCAGCAUAUACUGGAGAGUCCCCAGGCUACUUCACUGGCCUUGACCUUGCUGGAAACAUGUAUCUAGGCUCUGUGCCCAACUACAACAAUAUACCCAAGAAUACAGGCUACAAGGACGGAUUUGUGGGGAGCAUCAGUGAAGUCCAGAUCAAGGGUGUGGAACUGAACCUGGGAGCUGAGGCCCUGGAACUACAUGGCAUUGAGCAAUACAACGGGUGUCAGCGUAAUCCCUGCCUUAACGGUGGCGAGUGUGUGGCUGCCAAUAUGAAGUUCGGGUUCUCGUGCAUCUGUCCACAGGGAUACACGGGCAGCAGGUGUGAGGAGCGCGGGGAACAGUGCUAUCCCAAUGCAUGUGGACCAGAGGGCCGUUGUUUCAACCUGCCUGGCCGGGCUGGGUUCAGUUGCAUCUGUCCCCUCGGGAGGACGGGAACCGGAUGUCUUGCAAAUGUCCCUGUGACAAGGCCCUACUUCAACCGCACAUCUUUCAUCUCCUAUGCACCGGUCGACAACGUCCCAUUCGCCAACAACAUUGAGCUGGAGUUUAAACCUCAGUCGCUGCAGGACGGGAUUAUAAUGUACGAGGGAGAUAACGAGGAUGGUUCAGGAUACUUUUUAGCUAUUGUGCAGAAGGACGGGUACCCUGAGUUCAGAUUUGGUAUUGGAUCUGGCCCAGCCAUUGUUAGAAGCAGAAAUCCUGUCAGGGUUGGAGAAUGGACAAGCAUCAAGGCCAGCAGAAACCAGAGAGAGGGGAGCCUCACAGUGAAUGAAGAACAGCCAGUCAAAGCCCUAGACUGGUCAGGCUCAUCCCCUGGCAGCACUAUCGGCCUUAACCUGAAGUUGCCACUUUACCUUGGAGGGGCAGACCCAACAGUUAGAGUAUCACCGAAUACUGGAGUCAAUCAGGGAUUUGUGGGCUGCGUUGCUCAGGCUUUAAUCAACGGAGCACGUCUGGAACUUGUUCGGUCAGCCAUGGAGAGCCUGAAUGUUGUGGACUGUGGAGAACGUCGUUUGUGUGAGCGUACACUAUGCAGGAAUGGGGCUACAUGCAAGGACGUCCCUGGACCUAACUACAAAUGUCUGUGCCCUGUGACCCACACCGGACGUGACUGUGAACAGGAAUUAAAUUUGUGCCUCACAAACUCCCCGUGUCAAAAUGGAGCUGCAUGCAGUCACCACAACAAUACGUACCACUGCGACUGCCCGCUAGGAUUUGCCGGGCGUGACUGCCAGUUUGCUAUCCAACUAGAUGACAUAUUGAAGUUCGGAGGUCGCUCCCUGCUCAGUUUGAACCAAUCCCUGUUAGCGCAUACUCGGACCCAGGAGAGACAGAACAUCUCGUUUGUUAUCCGCACAACCCAGAGUGAUGGUCUGGUGUUCUGGCAGGGAGCCCAGGCUGACAAAAAACUCAUGGGCCAGGACUACAUGUCCAUUGCCCUGGUUGAUGGAUAUGUUGAUUUCAGGUUUGAGAUGGGCACCGGGCCGGCAGAGUUGAGGUCCAGAGACCGUGUUAAUGACGGACAGCCGCACAUGGUGUUUGUCGACCGACUUGGUCGCGCAGGAAGCCUUAUAAUCGACUCCACAGAGACAGUGUUUGGAAACUCCCAGGGUUCCCUACAGAUGCUGAAUGUCUACGGCAAUAUCUACUUUGGUGGUUUAUCUAACAUCCAACUCAUGACAGACAAUGCUCACACGGAGAACUUUGAAGGCUGCAUUGGGCAGAUAAAUAUUUCUGGAAAAGACAUUGAUAUAAAUCGUGAUGUCAUCAGGGCAUUUAAUAUCGAGUCGUGUAGUAAUCCAUAGAUAUUGGCAGUAUAGUGUUAUAGUUAGAGACAUUGUUAAAUUCUUAUCUUAUUGAUUUGUUUACCUUUUUAAUACGCAACUACAGGUGUUGCAGUGUUUUUUGCUGAUACUGUUAAGAUUCUGUUAAAAUGUGCAGAAUACAGUGUAACAUCAAUGUUGGAUCACAACCUUGUUUCAACGUUGGAUUUAUAUAUGGAUUUGAAAGUUGUGAUAACGAUUAAGUUUCAACGUUGUUUUCAACGUUGAAACAAUGUUAUUUAUGGUUUAUUUAUGGUUGAAAUUGGUUGAUUCAAGGUGAACGUUGUUUGAUACUAGGUUGAAAUCAGUUGAAUCUAUGUUGAUCUAGUGUCGAAGAACAUUGAACUUUAGUAGUUGGAGGUUGAAUUCUAGUUGUUUUUAGUCGGCUUUUCAGAUAUUGUUCUGGAUGCUUUGUAAUCAACCUGUGGGCUACCAAGACAUUCUGCCCAUAAUAAAAAAUGGACAUACAUGUAUAUUGUAAGGAAAGAAAG